AUGGCAAUGUGUGAUUGCAGUGAAACUGUGGCAAUAAGCCUCUUAUCAGAGGCUAACUUUGAUGUGGAUUAUGCCUACCAUCUCCAUAUGUCGCGUACCCAAGGGGCUGAUGAAAGUGUUACUUCACUUCACGGCACUUCCCCACAAGGAGAAGCACCUCAUUUACAGGAACCUGAAUUACCGCAUGCCUCUUACGUAGUGAACCGGCUUGAUGGUGGUGGUGGCUACGUGGGUGGUAAUUACCCUCACGAACGGGAUUUUUUGCUUGAUGAAGUGGAAAGUGAGCAGGAUCUACUGGAUUCAGUGUUCCCUAUACCAGCUUUUGUCCACCGCAGUCCCGAACCCUUUGAUACUUUUUGCACUGAUUCCUUAAAUAGAGACCAGUGGGUUAUUUUGAGUUUUGUUUUGAAUGAUUUUACGGGGUUUUGUGUCAACAGAGACAUUUGGCGGUCGGAAGAUUUAUUAGAGGUUCUUAGUAUGUUUUCAAUAUAUCAAACCACCGCCGAUGUAGGUGAGGGACCCGGGCUUGCGCACGGCUAUCGCCUCGACGUGGAAAAAGAUAUUCCAACUCUCCUUAUAAUCAAUCCAAUAACACGUGUAAAGGAGACGCGAAUACCUAUAAAUGUCCAUGAAGCGACCAUUGAGAGUUAUGAGGUUAAAAAUGCUCUUCUCACCUUUGUUGGUGAGAAGGGCUCGCCAAAUCAGUGGGAGGAAUGCAGGCUGCGAGGAACAUAUGAAAACGCAUCCCCCGUUUUGCAUACAGAAAAUUCGAGAGAGUACGUGGAUGUUGAAGAAACGAGCAUUCCAUUUUCUGAACCAGAGGCAGGACGCCGUGAUGAGGCAAAUGAAGGGGUUGUAGCACAACCACCACAAAUAUUGGCUGUUGAUAUCAGUCCCUACGAAGUCCCUGCAGAAGUGGGAAGUGCCUUUACUUUGCGCUGCCGCUUGCCCAAGGAACAGUUAACGUUGCGCCUUAAACCUGAGAUGCCCGUUCUACUUUUAUUGAAAUAUCUUUCCACCCGGUUGUACUUUAGCCAGUCAACCGCCUUUCCCGGAGGUGUCCCAAAUUGCUCACUAAGGGUUGGUUUCCCUCCGAAAGAUCUUAUUGUGGAAGACGGUGAGGUUCAGCUUGGAACUUGUCCGGGGUUAAGAUCAGGAGAUACAGUGGUUCUUCACAUCCAUUGA